GGCGUGGAAUGGUAUGUUGCUCCAGAGUCCAGUCCUACUAGAUAGACAAACCAAACCCUGCUUCUAUCAUUCAACACACACACACAGAGCUUUGUUUCUCUCGCCCAAAAAUUUCAAAGAUAUUUUCCCCUUCUCAAUCGGAGUUAAAAAAAUGGUCCUACAACUAUUAGACACUUUGAAAGAUUCAAUUACAGCAUACACAGGUCUAUCUCCUACAACUUUCUUCACUGUUGUUGCUUUAGCUCUUGCUUUUUACUAUCUUGUCUCUGGGUUUUUUGGUUCAUCUGAUCAUGGUGCUCACAAUCCACGGCCAAGAAACAUGGAGGAACAGAUGGAGCCUUUGCCUCCACCUGUUCAACUUGGAGAAAUUACGGAAGAAGAGUUGAAAGGAUAUGAUGGCACUGAUCCCAAGAAACCUUUGUUGAUGGCUAUUAAGGGUCAGAUCUAUGAUGUUUCUCAAAGCAGAAUGUUUUAUGGUCCUGGGGGACCUUAUGCAUUGUUUGCUGGAAAGGAUGCUAGUAGAGCUCUUGCCAAGAUGUCAUUCGAGGAAAAAGAUCUUACUGGGGAUAUCUCUGGCCUUGGUGCAUUUGAGCUUGAUGCCUUACAAGAUUGGGAGUACAAAUUCAUGAGCAAAUAUGUCAAAGUUGGGACUGUGAAGCAGGCCGUGCCAGUAAAUGAUGGAUCUGUUGAAGCAACUGAUGGCGAAGCUAAGCCAGCCGAGGGUGGUGCUUCGGGUAGUGCCAAGCCAUUGGAAGAUGAUGGUCCAUCAAAAAUUUCCGAGGCUGCUAAUGAUGCUCCUUCAGAGACCAUUGCUGCUGAAACUGUGGACAAAUCUGAUGCUCAUGUCGACAAGGACUAAUUGUGACAAUUUUAGUUCAAGUAAAAGCUGAGAAUCAAAGGGAACUGUUUGGUGGAGAUCUGAAAUGUAUGAGUUUGGUGCAUUUGUUAAUUAUCUUGUGUCGUAUGAGGCUCCUUAGCAGUCAAGUUAGUCUAAAUUUCUGAGUUGUAUGAAAUAAUGAAACAAAGCAUUUUGCUUCCUGUAUUUUAUAGGUAUCUUACUGAGGUAAUACUUGAUUAUAUACUGGAGACCCCUUUAUCUUGUCUAAA